AUGAGGCUCAUUGACACUACAACGUUGAAGUUACGCGAGUUCACGGCGUACACCACUUCCGACUAUCCAAAGUAUGCAGUGCUCUCUCAUACAUGGGGCGCCGAAGAGGUCACCUUUCAGGACAUGAUGACGGAACCUCUACCUUCUGAAAAGAGAGGAUUUGCAAAGAUCAAAGCGACUUGUGAGCUUGCCCGGAUUGACGGUCUGAACUUUGCCUGGGUCGAUACCUGCUGCAUCGAUAAGUCUAGCAGUGCCGAGCUUACCGAAGCGAUAAACUCCAUGUAUGCCUGGUAUCGGGCUUCAGAAACGUGCUACGCAUUCUUGGAAGAUCUGGAGUCAACGACGGAAAUCAGCGCAAGUUCAGGCUUUGCAAAAUGCCGCUGGUUUACGCGCGGUUGGACCCUUCAAGAGCUCAUCGCCCCAACAAAGCUCAAGUUUUACGAUAAGAAUUGGGUCUAUCGGGGGUCCAAACACGAUCUUGCAGUCACACUCAAGGGAAUUACACGCAUACCAAUCGGAAUUUUAAAGCGUGAGCAGGAGCUCACCACAAAGUCUGUGGCACAGCGGAUGUCAUGGGCGGCCUUCAGGGAGACAACGCGCAUAGAAGAUGAGGCGUACUGUCUACUUGGCAUAUUCGGCAUUCACAUGCCUCUCAUUUAUGGAGAGGGCUUUCAGGCUUUCCAAAGGCUCCAGCAGGAAAUUGUCAAAUCUAUUGGUGAUAUGACCAUUUUGGCAUGGGGCUCUGUCCAGGGCGGCCAAGGCUCUUCAGAGGGCCUCCAGGGUCUUUUUGCACCCUCCCCAGAUGCGUUUUGGAUCCCGGGUGUCAUCAAUUGCCUCCCAAGUCUUCCCGAUAUAACCAUAACCACAAGAGGUCUCAGGGUGUCCCGCAACACUUGGAUGCCUCUCUGGAUUCAUGGAACAACCUACUAUUUGAUUGUGGGUGCUUUCAGUCCCUGGACUGAACGUGUCAGCACCAUGCAGUCUUCAUCGGUCUCAGCUCUGCGACUGUCAAAGAUAGGGCCGGGAAUCUUUCUGAGAACAGGGCUGGAUACCGAGGUCCCUGUAGACGCUCUAUAUGCUCAGCAUCAUCAGUCCGAGUACUAUCUUCUUACUGAUAUUCCCAGUCAGAUAAACGACAUUUACGUUGGAUACCGCAAGCAUUCACUCCACGUCGAAGUCAACAAGACGUUCCACGUGGAAGAUGCAGUUCCCCAUUCGCUGUGGGAUGACGCAGACAAGAUAUUUCUCCGAGAAAGCGCCUGGCAACCACAUGCCCGCAUUCAUUACAAUGUGGUUCUUGGUGUGAGAUUCAAAGGGAUCGGCGACUUCAGUGCCAUUGAAGUGGUUGUACUCCUUGACUUAUCCUCGCAUCUACCGAGCCUUAUUAUCUUCCAGGCCACACAGGCACCCAGGCUCGUUUCAAAGCUCUUCGGCCCAAUGUCGAAAGAGCAUUCGAUGAUGCUGGCUGACUUGGAGCAUCUGAAUGAUUCUGAAACCAGCUUGGAAAGCUUUGUAACUGUAUCCACAGACAGGGGACCCGCGAGGAUUACACCGGUACUUACCGAAACGGAAGAUGUGUUUCUAUCGUCAGAAGAGGAAGGCAGUGCCAUUCCAGUAGCCAACCUCCAGCUUAAAAUUCUGGACAUUGGUGACAGCGCAGAUUCCCAGCUGUGA